UUGGAUUACGGAGGUUUAUCACGUUGUUCCGUCAUCAUUCUUAUAUUCAACCAGUAGUUUCAACCAUACCUAAUCCACAACUAGAAAUUCAUGAAAUCUGGAGAAAAAAUCAAAACUUUUAGUUGUACAGGAAACUGGACAAAUCAAAGGAAACCAGAUCUAUACUUUCAGGAUGGUUUAAGAAGAAUUGAUUUGGUUCUGGCCUGGGAAGAAAAGUCGCCUGGCUCUAAAAUUAGAUCAGAUCAGAGAAAAGAGUUUCAUGAGAGCCUGAAGAUUGGGGGUCUGGAGUUAGAAUAUGUUUCUCCAACUCAAGCAUUCGAUCAGAAAACUGGGUUUAUAAAGAUCCACGUCCCUGAUAAGAUCCUUAGUAUUAACGCUCAGGUUCUGGGAAUUAAAGCUCCAGUCUCCAAAUACAUCGUAACGUCAUACACAGAUAAUGCCAUCUCUAAAUCUUCUCUCAGCUUAUUUCAGAAUCUACUCCCUGGAUUUAACUCCAGGAUUAGCUCUAGCCUUCUUCCUCCGGAGCAACCAAUCUUCCGUCCGUUCUUCCCGGAGCUAAACGACAAGUUUGUAACCAAGCAAAGAUCUUCAGACCUAACUUCAUCUCAACGCAGUCUUAUAGCUUGGCAGAUAUUGACCCGAAGUGGAAAAUGUGGGGGCAGUAAGAACUUAGGAAUUCAGAAACUUCUAGAUAAUGGAAUAUAUCAAUGUGCAUAUCCUCUACAUGAUGGAGAUUAUCAUGUUGAACCUGAUUCGUCUCCAGGUUACCCAGAUAAACAGGAAUCCUUGGGGAAAAAUUAUACUGGAUAUGAAACUUCAAAGAUCUGGGACAAGGAGAAACUAUCAGAAAAUGUAAAUAGUUUAUCCUCCACAAAAUCUUUAAACCAUCAUAGAAAUUUUACAUCCAGAAAUGAGAGGAUUAAAUCUGCAGAUUUACAGUUUAUGUAUAAUCCUGGACGAGGUUUAAAAAGAUCCAUCUCAGCUCAUCAGCUUGAAGAAACUAGAGCUGAAUCUUCCUUUAGUCAACCUGCUAGAUCUGAACCUGGAGUUGAUAGUUUAGAAAUUCUAAACUAUGUUGCGGAUACCUCCAGCUCCUCAACUCCAAAGAAUUUCAGGAUCUUAGACUCGGAGAGGGAGAUAAUAAACAUAUCAGAAGAGAGGGAAAAUCAAAAUAUUCGUUUCCACCAAGCUGUGAGAUACAGUAGGUAUAGGGAUGGGAUACCAUGGGAUCAAAACAGGUUAAAUUUCAAGGUACAUACAAGUACAACAGUACACUUUGAAGAGAAAGAAAACUUGGAUCUGGGAUUAGAAUACAAAGCUGAGUCUCCGACCAUGAAUCUUAAUGAUCGUCAGGUUCUCUGUCUGGAAUGGGCUGGACUAGGACACUGGUUUCGACAUCAACCCCUCUGGUUAAUCAGGAUAUAUUUCGGCCCCAAGAUUGGGAUGUAUUUUGCUUGGUUGGAGUUCUAUACUCAAGCUCUGGUAGCGCCUGCUGUUCUAGGAGUUCUUUGUUUGAUCUACUCCUUGUGCACAUUCCACACUCCGUUGAACAGUGUGAGUGAGGAUAUCUGUUCUGAAGGUGGAGCAGGAAACCUGACAAUGUGUCCAGUUUGUGACAAGUUCUGUGAAUACUGGAAACUCAAGGAUUCAUGCAUUCUCUCUCAGCUCACUUACUUCUUCGACAACGAGGCGACCAUAUUCUUCGCCGUGUUCAUGUCCUUCUGGGCCACCAUGUUCCUGGAGUUAUGGAAGAGGAAACAGGCGAUACUGCAGUGGGAGUGGGAUACUACAAAGGAUGAUACCGUGGAGGAUUCAGAAUACUUGUCCUUUAACAUUAGCCAGGUUAAGAAUAAUAGAGUAAAUCCUAUCACAGGGAGACAAGAACACUAUCUUCCAACCUCAGAGAAGUUUCUCCGGUUCUCCGUAACCAUCUCCACCGUGAUAUUCCUUCUCCUUGUCAUGCUCUUUGCUCUCUUCUCCAUCAUGAUAUUCAGGGUUGUAAUCCUAGGAGUAAUGUAUCAGAACACACAUAAAUCCAACCUGGAGAAGUAUGCUAAACUCAUCGGAGCAGGAACUGCCGCAGCCUUGAACUUCCUUGUUAUUUCUAUCUUUGAGAUCCUGUAUCCCAGGAUUUCAAGGUUUUUGACCAACCUGGAGCAACCUAGGACGGAAUCCGAAUAUGAAAGAAGUUAUGGAUUUAAAUUGUUUGUAUUUCAGUUUAUAAAUUACUACUCUAGUCUCACAUAUACAGCGUUCUUCAAAGGACGAUUUUUCACCUAUCCUGGAGAUCAAUCUGCCAGAGAGUCCAGUCUCUCUCUCCUGAAAACUGAUAUCUGUGAUCCAUCAGGUUGUGUUUACGAAGUUUCAGCUCUUCUCGGCGCUCUUAUGAUCGGACGCCAGGUUGUGAGUCAUAUAAAAGAGUUAGGACUACCAUAUUUAACCAACUAUAUGAGAAGAUAUGAUUGGAGGAAACGAAUAGUAUCAGAUCCUAAAUAUUCUACCGAUCCUGUCCCGCUCAAACAGUGGGAGAAGGAUUACCAGCUGUAUGAGUCGGAUCGGUUCCAGCUCCUUGAUGAGUACAUGGAGAUGAUAAUCCAGUACGGGUUCGUUACUCUCUUCGUUGCAGCUUUCCCUCUAGCUCCUCUCCUAGCCCUCGUCAAUAAUAUUAUCGAAAUAAGACUGGAUGCAUACAAGUUCACAACUCAGCUGAAAAGGCCAAUAUCUCAAAGAGUAAGAGGUAUCGGAGCCUGGUUUGAAAUCCUGCAACUCAUCACGUUCUUUGCAGUUGUAUCCAACGCAUUCAUCAUUGCAUUUACUAGUUCAUUUAUACCCAAGACUGUUUACCUGUACAUGUACUCUGAAGGUCAAGGUAUGGAAAACUUCCUAACAUGGCAACUCUCCUUGUUCAAUACUUCAGACUGGAACGAGGGAGAUAUGGGUGAAUAUUUUGGUCCUGAGUUAUCUGAACCUGAUCCUGGGUCUUGUUAUUAUCCAGCUCUAAGACAAGGUCCAGAUCAACCAGCCAAGUACAGCAAGAGUAAAGCUUAUCUCCAGGUGUUCAUUGCUCGACUUGUAUUUGUGCUUGUAUUCGAGCACUCAGUGUUCUUUAUAACACAACUACUGGCUUAUCUAAUUCCUGCUACUCCGGCUAGCCUGGCCAGACAGAUGAAGAGAGAAGCAGCAGGAGUAAUGAAAACCAUUCUAGCAGAUCAAGAGAACAACUUAGAACCAGAGAAUCAAGAUACAUCCGCCGAUGAUAUUUUUUCCGGAGACCUAUAAUACUUAAACUUAAUCUUGAUGAUACUUAAACUCUUCUUUAAUUAUUUGAUGCAAAAAUUGGAAAAUAACAACAAUUUAAAGUCGUCCAUUACUUAGUAAUUAUAAAAGAGCAUAUAUAUUUGAUUCCCUAGUUUUUGUGUUUGUUUUUAUUGGGUUUCUAGGGGCUUUGCACCCCACUUCAUGCUUUUUCAAUAUUACUUGCGCAUAUUUUCUUCGCACAGCCAUAUCUAUGUAAAAAAUUGAGGUGGUUUUCUGUCUGUAACCUAUGAACGUCAAAAUGGCUGAACUGAUCGGGACCAAUUUUUGUGGCAAGUCACAUGACCCCAGGAAGGU